AAUAUUUAAAAUAAAAAAUGGUCAAUUUACGUACCCUUAAGGUGCUCCAAACUUACAUGACUGACUUUAUGCCGAACACAUAGGAGAGGUUUUAAUAAAUAUCACGUGACAUCUUUUCUCUACGGCAGUAAAUACGGCCUCACUUUAAAGCCUAAAAAGUUUAUUCCCUGUUGAACAGGGCAGUAGAGCGUUAUAGUUUCUAAAAAUUAAUUUUAACAAUAACUUGUAAACCUUUAAAAACAAACCAACCAUAAGCUCCAAAGGUUGUUAAUUUUUGCUAUAUGUUUCUGCUGAAGCCAUUUGUCUGCAUUAUUUCAAUUUCAUUUUUAAAUAAUCUUGUUUAAUAGAGGGAUUUCAAGUGAAGAACUAUACUAUCCACAAUCCUGAAAGCAAAAGAACCACCAAUCAGAGAAUAGCGACAAACAUAUGGCGCCAAAAUAGCGACACCCACUCCCAUGACACGCUGUGAAUGACACAAGUCAUUCUGUAUUCUUAAAUAUUUUAUAAUUAGGGCUGUGAAUUGAUCCAUUUUUUUAAUAAUUAAUCACAGUGUUUUCUGAUUAAUCGUGAUGAAUCAUUAAAACAUUAUACUUUGUCUUAAAGAACUUGCAAGAAAUUGGUGUCAUAAUUUAUUUUAAUUAUUUAAAGGAAUAUUCUGGGUUCAAUACAAGUUAAGUUCAAUCAACAACAUUUGUGGCAUUAUAUUGAUUACACAAAUACAUUUUGACAUGCCCCUCCUCUUUUAAAAAAAAAAAAAAAAAAAAAAAAGCAAAAAUCUGGGUUACAGUGAGGCACUUUCAAUAGAAAUGAAUGGAGCCAAUAGAGGCCGGCAGAUAUAUUGGUUUUACCGAUUAAUCGGCGCCAAUAGUUACUUUUUGGAACUAUCAUUUAUUGGCAAGUAUUAACACCGAUAGUUGCAGAAACGUUUUUUGUCUAUUUAUUCCUCCAUGGACUCGAAAUAAGAGUCCCUGGUGUAUUUUGGGCUUUUUGAUAGAGUUGGACACAUUUUUACAGAUCUAAAUCUUUGAUACAAGUAUAUGUAUACUUGCCAUAAAAUCUGUGAACAUGCUGUAAUUAAAAGUUGGGCAAAAUCUUCUGCCGUUUUCCAGUGGACUUUUCCAAUAAUAGGUUUAAAUGGGCAGAUUCAAUUCACGUCAGGCUUUAUUGGCAAGAUAAAUUUAAGUGUGCAUUGCCAACGCAUUAUAAGGCACUAUACAUACAGAUAUAAAACAAAUUGAAUGUUUAAAAUCUCAAAAUGAAAAUUUUCUCUCGCUGCCUUUCAGUCUUGCUUACGUGCUGGGUCUCUCACGCUGUUUAUUUUUUUGACACUGGUUCAGAUGACAGUGAGAGAGUUUUCGGGCUUUGCGAAGAGAUACAGUAAGGCAGCUUGCCCAUAUCUCUCCCACAUCUGGCUCACCGCCGCUUGCGAGUGCAGUCUCCAUUCUCCGUACAGUAAAUCCGUUCCCGUGUUUAUUAUGCCCGGGACAUGCAUUCCGCGUAAUGAAUAAGCGUGAAGUGGUGCACUGCUACACACAGUCUGUUUCUGUGCUUUUGGGAAUUUAUUUAUACCAAUUUUAGCCGCAGGAAGAUCGGAUACUGCAUUAAUUGCUUAAAUUUACCAGCCCUAAUAUUAAUAGAUUGGAGUAUUUUGUAAUUAAACUUAAAUAUAUUGUUUUUGUACUCCUAAUCAACAACUUUAAAUCAAUAGUUUUGUAUUUUCCCAUCAUCUUUAAUUCAAUUACAUCAUUCACAAUGCUUCAUGGGAUUGUAGUUCAUUCCCUUUAUGAAAACCAUUAAGUGCAAAGUCUGGUACUUUUGUCUUAUUGUAUGAUUUUCAAAUACAUCUUUGCUUCAAACCAAAUUUUGGAAUGUGGUUUACUUCAGAGCUGGUUGGUUUGGUUCAAGGCUUAGAACUCUCUUAUGAAGAAUUUUAUGGAAAAAAAGGAUCGUGGAAAAUGCUUCCGAAACAAAGCCUGUUGCGCUCUAUAGGGAACAGAAGAGACUGGGGGGUGGGCUAUGACUUGGGCCAGCAAUUAACCACAUAGCAACACCCUGGCAUUAAGUUUUGCGCAGUCAAACGGCAGUAAUAUUUUCAACAGAAAAUUAUAAAAUCAAGUUAUUUUUUGCAUUCGGUUAUAUGCAACCAGCAGGGGCUCUCUCUUAAAUUCAUGGGGCCAACAUUUAAUAACUUUUGAGCAACCCCAGGCCCAAUAUGUAGGCUACACCUAUAAAAGUCCUCUAGUCCUCAAGCAUAGUCUUUAAGGGCAUAGAAUUGUGACACACAGGUCACAAAUUUGAUCCCAGGUUUAAGUGAUCAUGCAUUGUGCCCUUGAAGAAGGUGCUGAACUAGAUGAUUUCGAGGGAUUGCCCUCAUGACUUUUGCUUGCUUUAGAGGAGAAGCUUGUUAACAUAAAAUCUGAAGUUAACAGUGGGACAACUUUUUUUUUCAACACACAGGUGUUUAAACAUAACCGGGUUUCUGUAUCAUUAAAACAAACUACACACAAACCCCCCCCCAGACCUUCACUUCAGUGUGCUUUAGUCAACAAGUUUUUGACCUAUAUACAGCACACAUUUACUAAACGCUGUGGAGACAUAUAUUGAUGUCCCAUUUUUAAGCCAAUGAAGAACAGCUUGUAAGUAUAGCGGACACAAAACAAAGGACUACGGAACAGGUGAUACUAACUAAAAAAAUCACUCCAUGUAAGUAAUUGGUGAAGAGAUGUUAAUAUUUCUGUCAUUAAAAAAAAAAAAAAAAAACAUUGGUCCUUCUCUUUUAGUACUUUGUGGGAAAACGAUGUUAAUGACCCAGAAAAGACAUCCCAUACCAAGAGAAAAAGGGGAGGAUGUUUUUAUUUAUAAUCCUUGAUGAUUUUAUGUUCAAAACUGAAAUAAACUAAAUGAAAAAUCCAGCCAAAGAAUGUGACAUCAGAUAUAUUUUUUAUUGUUCUGGUCAGUAGUAAAUAUUGUGUGGAGUUAAAGGGGGUUGGAGUAAAAUUUUGGUUCAAGUUUUUAAGUAUUGACUGUUCCGGACAAAGUCUAGCAUGACCUUUUCUCUCACACAUCACUGUGCUAAACACCGAUGUCUGUCUCCUUCCCAAGAUCCAAGGUCAGACUGACAUCUGCUCUGUUCCCUUGCUUAUCAUUUUUAACUUAGUUUAGUGUAUAAUAUGUAUUUUUUUUACCUUUCUUUUUAUGGACAUCAAGUAUUAAAGGAUUUUUGAUGUGGGCUGUAAUUGUAACGUCUGCUUUUUCAAAAGCAUUGACUGCCAUCGAUGUGACAGUGUUUACUAAUCAGUAUGUCAAGGAUGUUUUUGGUGUGGUUGUAAAGCUUGUCAAGCAUUUUUAAAAUGAAAAUUGAUGCUCUGUCAUACACAUUUUACAGGAAGGUAGGGUGCAAAAUAAUUGUCCAUGAAGGUUUCACUAUUAAUAUCCCAAAGUUCAGACUGCAUGUCAGUCAUUAACCAACAGAUCUAAAACGAACCUCCCCUCCCUCGUCCCCAUUCGCUUGCUCUCCUUUUUCAUGUUUAUUUGCAGUGGAAAAGUUGGAGAGAACCUCACGGUUUACAGGUGUUGGUCGUGGCAUCCAUAAUUUAUGGUAAGAGACAUUUUUUUAAUUUUUCUUUAGUGAGUUCUAAAAAAAUGUGAGAAAUCCAGCUACCUCACAUUUGUCGUAGUAUUAUGAAGUGUGGCACUUAAACUGAUUAAUGCCACUCUUUUUCUGCCCCUUGUUUAUUUGCCUACAGGUUUCACUGAUGUUUGAUCUAUAUAGAGGUCUGUGUGUGGAAAAUGUUGUUUACAUGUGUAAAUAGAGGUGGUUGUAUAUUCAUAUAAGUUGCAUUGUUUGCUGAGCAAGCAUAGGAGUUGCACAAACUUUCUGUUUUAAAGCACUACUUAGAUAAAACUUCGAUGGGACACUCCAGCAACUCUUUAAGAUUAGAUGAGAAAAUCUGAGUUUUACUGGAAUCAACAGUUCACUACUUUUCGUAGUUAGAAUCGAAAUAUCCUCUCACUCAGUAUCUUCAGCUUGUGGAAGAAGAGUGAAGAUGUAUUCUCUUCUUCGGCCACCCUUGUUACAUCGUUUCAUUUCUCUGCGUUUAUUGAGCGUGGCUGCUCCUCAGUCCCUGGCAGCCAAACAUGGUGGUCGUGACCUCUGUAACGCCACUCCAUCUGCAUUCCUGACCUUUGAGGACCCAAAAGCAUUCAAGAUGAAGAGUUUCUGGGAGCUGAUGCAAGCCCUUGGAGUCUUCAGGCUUUGCUCCUUCCCUGUGCUGGUGAACAACUGUGACAAGUUGAUGACCAUUGCAAGGAUGGUUUUGGGUAAGCGGGGUUUCUCAAUGGUCCUGCGUCCAUCUGUGUAUGCUCAGUUUGUUGCCGGAGAAACAGAAGGUGAGAUUUUAGAGUCCAUGCAAAAGAUGAGCUCUUUGGGGCUCCACCCCAUGCUGGCUGUCCCCAUCGAAGAGGACCUUGGAGAGAGCACUGGGGAACGUCGAUACGAAGACAACCUGGCGGCCAUGUUGGAGUGUGUACACAUAUCUCACAGUAAUGGCUGGAGUAAGAAUCCAAUGAUGCAGCUGAAGAUCACAGCUCUAGUCAGUCCUGAGCUGUGUGUAAAGCUGACCUCUCUGCUAAAGACUGAACAAUAUGAUCUGAAUUUGCUUGUCAGAGCCAUGGAGGGAGAGGAAAUGAUGUUUCCUGGCCUGACCGAAAGUGAAAACACACACUUCCUAUGCAGCCUUUGCAGACUUAACAAAAUAGGAGAGGCCAGUGCUAAUAAAGUCUGUGUUUUGGUGGAUGCUGAGUAUACUUACAUGAAUCCUGCACCGUCACUCAUUACCAUGGCUAUGAUGAAGAAAUUCAAUCAAAAAAGUGCCUGGAUCUGGAACACAUAUCAGUGCUACCUUAAGGAUUCAAGGAAUUUGUUGCUUGAUGCCAUUCAGACAUCCAUUGAUCAGUCUUCCUGUCUCGGUGUUAAGCUCGUCAGAGGGGCUUACAUGGAUAAAGAGAGGAAACUGGCAGAGAAGGAGGGGCGGACAGAUCCAAUCCAUGAAUCAUGGGAGCAUACUAAUAACAGUUAUAAUGGAUGUCUGGAGAUCAUGCUUAACCUAAUUUCUGAGAAACCUGAACGCUACAUGAUUAUUGUUGCCACUCACAACGAAGAAUCAGUCAGACGGGCAGUGACAAGAAUGGAAGAGUUGGGCAUUGGAGCAAACGGUAGCUCUGUCUGUUUUGGCCAACUGCUGGGAAUGUGUGAUCAUGUAUCACUAACUCUAGGUACAAUACAGUUGAAGUCAGAACAUGGUUUCUCAGUGUAUAAGUCAGUGCCGUAUGGCUCAGUGGAUGACACACUGCCAUAUUUGCUGCGCAGAGCUCAGGAGAACCGUACUGUACUCCAGGGCAUCCGCAAAGAGAGAGACCUGCUGAGACAGGAGAUCCGCCGCAGAGUCCGAGAGAAGAUCAUAAGAGCCAGACAGACAGAGAGCAGAGGAGAGAGAACAUUGUCAGUGCAAUAGGUCAAGAGUAAAAAGCUUUAUUUUUCAUAACUUGAAUCAAAUUUUUUCUUCUCCAAAAUGUAAUACAUUUGUCUACCUCUGAAAUGACUUUCCAGCUGAAAAAGGAAUAUGUCUGCAGUCAAACCUAUACAUAUUAUCUUUAAAUAUCUAGUUGUAAGAUAGAUCAAUGUCAUAACAUGGUCAAUGUCAUAACAGGUUCAAUACAAUUUAAGCUCAUUCAGCAGCAUUUGUGGCACAAAGUUGAUUACCACAAAAAUAAUAUUGACUUGUCCCUCCUUUUCCUUAAAAAAAGCAAAAAUCUGGAUUCCAAUGAGACACUUGGAAUGGGGGCCAAUACGUAAACGUUAAAAUACUCACUAUUUCAAAAGUAUAGUGUGGCAGACAAGCCUCUCGUUCAUCGGGAAAGGAGCUGAUUGGGCAACUCAGCGCCGGGCAUGAAUCAUCUCGGCCCAGCCACGCCCUCGUCCUUGUCACAUAUAGCCACAAGACAAAUAAUAUGCGUGUGUUAACAUGAUUUUACUGUGACAAAAUCGCUUAAGUUAUAGCCAAUUUUACAACUUUGUUUGCCAUGACGAUGUAAUGUCAACAAACCCUUAAACCUUAAAAUUAAAUCUUUAUAGUUCAAAUAAUACUUGAGUUUUAACAAAAGAAGUAGUGUUUUUGUAAAAUUAUAAACUUCACAUUUCUGCCUUUAAACCCUCCAAAAAUUGGCACCAUUCACUUCCAUUGUAAGUGCCUCACUGUAACCUCAGAGGGACAAGUCAAAAUAAAUAUUUGUGGUAAUCAUUUUGCCACAAAUGCUGUCGAAUGAGCUUAACUUGUAUUGAACUAGGAAUAUUUAAGUUAUUCAAAAAUACAUUUAAGAUUCACACAAAUCAAUUACUUGAAUAAACUUCUACUAUGAUGAACAUGAUUUUUUAAUUUGUCACAACUGUAAAAUACUGUAUAAUAUCCAAAUAAUGAGUUAUCAAUUCUUGGACAUUAUUUGCUACUGCAGAGAUCCAGUGUAAAUUGACUUGGUUGUUAAUGUUAACAACAUUAAAUAUAUAUUAAACCUCA